AUGUCCGAAGCAAUCCUUCAAGCGGAGCUAGCUGUCGCUAAGGCGCAGUUGGCACUAGCACAGGCGCAGGAAGCCGCGCGCAUUCAAGGUGCGGACGUUGUCAACAAGGGUGCCGCAGACGCAGCGGAUACUGCGUCGACUUCAGCGGCCGACGCGUCAUCUGUCCUGGGCGCUAUGGACUCGGGCAAAGCUGCUAGCGAUAAGCAUGGUUCUGCAUCGCCGCUGGUCCACGAAGAGGCCGGCAAAGACGCGACGAGUGCAAAGAUGACCGAAGACGCGGUCAACUGCGUCGACGCUAGCCCUCACGCUGAAACCUGGACACAGCUGGUCGAGGAACCGUUCAGACACGACGCUCGUGAUUCUACCGCGCACGACAUCGACUUAACCACCGACGCCGAGGUCGAGACGCAGCUGGAUAUCGAUAACCAAUACGUCGCUCGUGAGCUCGCCGAGGCGUCCGAAGACGAGGAUGCUGCGGAACUCGGUGACAGACACACAUCCGAACGUGCGGUCAAGACAAGACGCUCGUCCGCGCAAACGGGACGCGCGGCCACUCAGAUGAUUCUGGCUGAUGAAGAUGACACGGAGACCGCGAGGUCUGCGACGCCAGCCCCGAAGAGGAAGAGGGGAGACAUAGAAGAGCAGAGCUCGUGCGGGGAAGAUGAGGAGAAUGACGACGAGCUGGGCGCGGAAGAUGUGCUCGUCGUUGCGCUCAACAAGGGCGCUGCUCCGAAGGGACCCGUCUUUGAAUUCGCCGACUCCGUGAUGCGCUUCGCGGCCUUUGCGUUCUCGUACGCCAGCCUGUGGGGCAAAGAGCAGCAAGAGCUCGUCGUGCUCAUGAUCAAACCGCUCGUGCAGCUGGAAUUGGCGCAUUGGUUCGAGCCUGGGCAGGAGAUGCCCGGUCUUCCGCCUAGCGCCGUUUCAUGGAUCUCGCACCGCCGUGCGGCAUGCAAGAUCGACGACCCGAGCUACGUGCGCAGCACGCUCAAAGAAGCGCACCUGGAACACAAAAUGCUCUCGUGCAUGAGCACGAUUCGGUCUCUCAAGUUUGCCGACGUUGCGCUCAUGCACGGGCGGCGUGGGUACAUCCUACUCGUACGUGGGAUGCUUCAGGCUCGCGCGAGCAAUGUCUUGGGGGAAGACUGGGCGCCGUGCGUGGGUGAAGUCGCCCGGCUGCUCAACGCUCUGGCGCGGGCGAAUGGCGGUGAAGAUAUGGAAUUCAGCGUCAGAGAUUCCGUACUCACCGCGCUCACUGCCCUCGAUCACGGGGCUACAGCUGCCGUGACGGCGAUUCUUUUGAAGCGCGCAGACGAGCUGAAGGAGAUGGAGGCAGGCGGUCUCAGGUCCAGCACGAGCAGCCCAAAGUUGAUCAAGCGUGCUAGACGGUCGGCUUCAGCUUCGCCGACCAAGGCGCCGGGAUUGUUUACGAGUUUGAGGUCGAAGCCGCGGGGAGCCAAGAAGACGCGCGGAGUUGGGGAAGCGUCGUCCAAGGGAUCGUCGGAGAAGUAA